AUAAUAAUGUCUGUAAAAUAACAUACCAUUUUGGCAGAUCAAUCGAUCUGUGGCAAAGCAAAGCAGAAUCUCGGAUAGUAUAAGUAAGUGCGUGCCGAUGAGGGUUUUUGAAUGUGAAGUUUCCUUAUCUUGUUCUUCUUCUUCUUCAUCUUCUUCCAUUGUUUUCCCAAAAGUUUUUCCUCACCUGCAGCAGGAAUCAUGUAAUCAAUAUUGUUCCAGCAGGCGGAGAAGAUUAAGAAUAUUUAAUCAGAGUCUUUCAGAGUCAAAUGUCAAGAAAGCCAAGUUAUCUGCCAGGAAACAGGAUCGAGUCAAGAUUCCGAGCUACACCAUUAUAGGUGAAAAAAGAGGGCAAAAUAUAUAUCCUAUUAAGGAUUUUCUAUCCCACCCAUCCGGCAUUGAAGCGCUUCUUAAUACACACGCUCUGCGAAGCGUUGAACCCCUUGAUACUACCACUUACAGGUGUACUCUGCCUCCCCUGAAUUUGCUAAACUUUGAAGUUUCUCCUGUGAUAGACUUACGAGUGACCCCAACAGAUGAAGAUUGUACCGUAGAGAUGUUAUCUUGCAAGUUUGAGGGUUCUGAAGUCGUGCAACAGCAGAACGAACGUUUUUCAGCUGAAAUGACAAAUUACAUAACUUGGUGCACAAAGAACUCUGAACCAUAUCUGGAUAUUGACGUGAAACUGGAUCUCACUCUAGAGAUAUACACCCCGCCGUUUAGCUUGCUGCCAACAUCUGCAGUCGAGGCUCCUGGCACUUUAAUGAUGCAAGCUUUGGUUGACAGACUUGUACCAUUGUUACUGCAACAAUUGAUACAAGAUUAUGAGAGAUGGGUAAUGCAGAAUCCUGAAGGCAGUCUCAUUGAAUCAAAUUCUCAAUAUUCACGAUGAAAUUUACUUUCAUAUACCCUGCUCAAGUGCUUGCCCGAGAAAGUACAUAAACUCAGCAUGACUGUAAUAUUUGUUGGUGCAAGUGUGUUUGCAAGAACCAAGUUAUUCGAGUCUCUUUACAAAGGUCAUGUUUUUAUGUUUGUAUAAGUUUCCGGAACCAAACACCUUUUUCUUCGUUGCCCUCACGUUAUGGAAGUUAGGACUAUGAUAAGCUUCUGGAUGUGGAUAUCCCUGCCAAGAUUCCUUAAGAUCAAUUGGCAUGGGUUGAUCGGCUUCAAUUUUUGAUAGAAGUGAUAUUUUCAGAGCCAUUUUAUUCGUUUGGUGAUGACACAUUUGGAAAGCAAGGAAUAAUCACAAUGGAGUAAAGGAAAGCAUCAUUAAUUGUUGUGUGUACAUGUUAUCUAUGGAUUGCAAACCCGUUUGCGAAGGGUUGUUGGGCUUAGGCAGACCAAUACUCAUAGGCCCAAGACAUUUAUUUUUAUUUUGUUUCCAAUCAAAAUAUAUACUCGUACAGUACGUCUAAUAACAAA